GGCUGUAAACAUGGCCAGCGAAGCUCUUUCUUACUCUGUAAGCGGGAUCAAAGUGUCAUUUCCAAUUAAACCGUAUCCGUCUCAACUCUCGAUGAUGGCUAAGAUUAUCAAGGGCAUCGAGAAACAAGAAAACUCUCUUCUAGAGAGCCCAACGGGAAGUGGAAAGAGCUUGGCUUUACUUUGUUCUGUGCUGGCAUGGCAAAGCAAUGAGAGAGCAAAACAAAGAAAUCAAGAAAUUACAGAUACUGGUCAUUGUACUUGUGCUCAGUAUAAUGGUUCUACUGUGCCUGUUGGCAUGUUAUCAACGACACCUCAAGGAUUGCUAACAACCCAAGUUAUCUGUGCAGAUAAGGCUUCUCCUUCCUACGUCUCUACAGAACUGUUUGCAUUAUAUUUACUAGCAUUGCCAUUUGUCUCUUCUUCUCAACAGUCUGUUGAUGAAAUAGCUGAAGAUUCAGAUUUCAAAUUUUUGGCAAAGAAAUUUCGCCUUCCAGGGUAUUCAUUAAAGAGGCCACGACCACAUAUUGGUUAUGAAGAUCACAUUGAUGACUUUACCAAAACACAAGUUAGUGAGCAGAAACAUGUCAGCUUGCUUGGCAUGUCUCCAAGUAUUUUACAAUCUGGUGUUGGUCAAUUGUCCUAUUCUUAUUGUCCAAAACAAGACACUCACAUCUGCGAAUUUUGCACUAGAAUGGAAGGUGAAUCAGUUGCAAAGAUGAAAGCUGAGUCCAGCCUUCCAAAGGUUUACUUUGGCACACGAACUCACAGACAAAUAGCACAGAUUGUACGAGAGCUAAAGAAGACAUCUUACCAUGAUGCAAAGAUGUGUGUUCUUGGCAGUCGUGAACAGAACUGUAUUCAUCCUGGUGUAUCAAGAAGCAAACACAAGAAUGAAGAAUGUCAGAAAUUAUUAGCACUUGGACAACCUAAGGAUGGAGGUGGUUGUCAGUUUUUUCGAGGCACUAAAGUGAGAAAUUAUGAAGACCUUCGAGGUUAUGGCUUUGAGACAGCUUGGGACUUGGAGGAGUUAGUAAGCUUUGGAAAAGAGACUAUGAUGUGUCCAUAUUUUGUUUCUCGUAACUUGUUGACUGGAGCUGACAUCAUUUUCUGUCCAUACAAUUAUCUUAUUGACCCCAAGAUUAGACACCAGAUGGGAAUUGAUCUGGAAGGGCAGAUUGUUGUACUAGAUGAAGCUCACAAUAUUGAAGAUUUUUCUCGUGAUGCAGCUAGUUUUAGUGUUUCUAUAGAAGAGUUACAGGUAGCUUCUGAUGAGAUGAGUAAGAUGGCGGAAGUCGACAUACUCCCCAAGAGCCACCAAAUGAUGAACCACAUGUGUGCUGUUCUUCUUGAAUGGAUUGACACUAACAAGUCACAAGUUGCAGAGCAUGACUUUGAGACACAGUAUAAAGUGGUGACUGGUCCAGAGUUUGUCAUGUUUCUUGCUGAGAAAGGAAUCAUUGCGGCUAAUCUUCAUACAAUGAAAGAUCACUUUUCUCAAGUUGCUUCUAAUGCUAUGGAUGCUCAAAGGCUUCUGAAUGUUGUGACAACAAGCACACUGACCGUUCUGGAAGGUCUUCUUUUAGCACUAGCAUAUCUCAUUGAUCAUGAGGGCAAAUAUGCUCUUGAUUACAGGGUGGCUGUUGGUCGAGUUCUGUCUCUUAAUGCAGAGGAAAACGUAAAGGUUGAUGCUUGGAGACAACGACGAUCCAUGAAACGAAUGCAGAAGGCCUGGAAAUAUUCCUUGUAUUUUUGGUGUCUUAAUCCAGCUGUUGCUUUCACUCAAGUGAGCAGUUUAGCUCGCUGUGUCAUUGUCUCAUCUGGAACUCUCUCUCCUCUCAGUACUUUCUCAUCAGAACUUGGCACAAACUUUCCUAUUCGUUUGGAAGCCAGCCACGUAAUCAGAAAGGAACAGGUUUGGGUUGGUUCCCUUGGUAUCGGACCAAAUGGAACAAAAAUGGAUGGGCGCUUUAAAUCCUCUGAAACUUUUGAGUAUCAAGAUGAGGUUGGAGAGAUAGUGCUACAAGUGUGCAAAAUCAUUCCCUUUGGUGUGUUGUGCUUUGUGCCAUCCUACUCUCAUCUUGACAAGUUUUACAAACGAUGGCAGAACACCGGGUUGAUGAAAAGUCUUGUCAAACUUAAGUGCGUUUUAACAGAACCAAGAGGCAGCGAGAAAACUGACUUUGAGGGUGUUUUGCAAGAGUUUUAUGACAUCAUUCAGAGGGCAGAUGAGGCUGAUGCUAGAGGUGCAUUGUUAAUAGCAGUCUGUCGAGGCAAGGUCAGUGAAGGACUUGAUUUUGCUGACAACAACGCUAGAGCAGUCAUUACGAUUGGAAUUCCUUUUCCGAGCAUUAAAGAUGUUCAGGUGGAACUGAAGAGAAGAUACAAUGAUCAGUAUGCUAAUGAGCGAGGUCUUUUGCGAGGAGCUUUGUGGUAUGAGACACAAGCAUUUCGAGCACUCAACCAGGCUCUUGGAAGAUGUUUGCGUCACAGGAGUGAUUGGGGUGCUCUUCUUAUGAUUGAUGAGAGAUUUGGUCAUUCAGAGAAGUAUAUUAGAGGUCUUUCUAAAUGGAUUCGUCAUCAAGUGCAACACUUUGGUGUUUUUGAUGUAGCUCUGGACUCAAUUAAGAAAUUUUCUUUUGAUCGAAUGUCUGAUUCUCAAGGACAUAAUAUUGAUUCAUCGAUGAUUGCUGAUACAUCAGUUGUAUCUGUCAUGUCUCCUGUUAAGUCAGCUACCUGCCCAAGUAUUCGUGCAGUGGCGACACUGUCUCAAGACAACCAAGUAAUAUGCAAUACUAGUACUACUUCAUCUAGUCCAGCUUUUGUAACUGCAUCACAAAUAUAUGGCACACACACAAUUGCAAGAUCGGUCAGCAGUAGUGCAUUGCAACGUAAAACCAAUACGAUGAGUCCAAGUCCAUUUAUUGUGCGUCCAUCAACUGGCAUUCAGAGCCAGUAUAUUGGAGAAGACCAUUCAGCACCUACCAUUACCCGGGCCAAGAAUUCAGCCACUCCAUUACUUUUUUCUACUUUAGGGUCUGAAGACUUUGUUGAUGGUGACUGUACUAGUUUCAAGCAGACAAGUAUGUGUCAGAAUGAAUCAAUUAGUUGUGUACCUUGUAAAGAUGAUGGACAGUCUGGAUUCAAAGAGGAUUAUUGUACAGAAGAACAAGAUUUUCCAGUUGCUCAACUGCCUGGUAAUGUUCGAAUAGGACACAAACAUGUCAGAGCGAGGUUGGAAACUCAACGUGAAUGUGUUACCAAAGAUGAUUUGCAUUUGCUGUCAUUGUUUGACAAAGAAAGUAUACAACCAACUAGUACAACACAAUUUAUUUAUCCCGAGGAGGUGGCUGACACAAUGGAGGAAAAUAUUGAUUCUAAAGCUGUGGAGGGUGAAGUUCGAUGCAAAAGUUGCAAGGAGCAACUGGUUGCAGCUCUCAGUGCAGUGGAAGUUAGCUGUGGAAUAGAUGACCUUUUGAGUAAACUUGGCAAGAGUUGCACACUUUCUAAAUGCUUUGUUUGUACUGAGGAAGAUCUAACUGUCAAAUGCAUAGUUUUACCUCAAACAUCUACAGUUUCUUGGCCAUUUUCUGCAUUAAACUGUAUUUGGAGUGAGGCUGAAGGGUUGAGCUAUGUGCCACUGGUUUGCUCUAAUUGUGGUACUCACUGCUCGCCUGAGUCUCCUCCUCUUGUAGGAUUCAAAGUUGUUUCUUGUAGUCGACCGUCACUGAUGGAGAGAUUGAAUAAGGUUUAUCUUUUACAAUCAGCUGUCGAUUAUACUCAAUAAAUGAAGCAGAAGUCUAAGUGAAUUAUCAAAUAGAGUUGCACUAAAGAUGACUAUUUGAUAAGACUAUCAAUUUAAAUAUUUGUUGUUUGAUUUUGUC